CGGCAGGCUUUUGUCUGCUGUGCACUGCCGUGUCUAAUUUGCUGUCAGACGUGCUAAAAAUACAAAAGGACCUUCGCAUCUUUUACAAGUUUAGUGCAGCGAUAAGUGGAUCACAAAUAAAAAUUUAAGGAUUGCGUUUGACUAGAGGCGGAAGAUCGUGCGCCUGAGAGGAAGAACAGGCCGAAGUCUCCGCCCAGCCGGCCACGCUUCGCCAGCAGCGCGCCCGGAGGGCCCAGGCGGCCGAUCGCACCAAUCGUUCGCUUUCCGGGCAACUGUCCGUCAGUGGCAUGCCUCCGCUUCUCGGCUGUUAGCCCGGACGCUUGAUGCCGUUUCUGGAUCUGUUCGCACUGGUCCCAUCAAGUUCGGCGCCGUUUCUUUGUUCACAGCGACGACGUUUUGCGGACAGUCGGUAAUCAGCGGCCUUGGCCCUAAGAGCCCAGCAAGAACCAUAAUCCGCAUUCAGCCAAUCUGUCUGGCCACUUAAAAGUCGCCGAUCGCCGCGGCCAUGUCGCUUCACGGCAAGCGAAAGGAGAUCUACAAAUACGAGGCGCCAUGGACUGUGUACGCCAUGAACUGGAGCGUCCGGCCGGACAAGCGCUUCCGUCUGGCGCUGGGCAGCUUCGUGGAGGAGUACAACAACAAGGUGCAGCUUGUGGGUUUGGAAGAGGAGAGCUCCGAGUUUGUAUGCAGGAACACCUUCGAUCACCCUUACCCCACCACAAAGAUAAUGUGGAUCCCUGACACCAAGGGGGUAUACCCCGACCUGCUGGCUACCAGUGGCGACUACCUGCGUAUCUGGAGGGUCGGUGACACAGAGACCCGAUUGGAGUGUCUUCUCAAUAACAACAAGAACUCAGACUUCUGUGCUCCGCUUACCUCUUUCGACUGGAAUGAGGUGGAUCCCAACUUGCUGGGUACGUCUAGCAUAGACACCACCUGCACCAUCUGGGGCCUGGAGACGGGCCAGGUCCUGGGCCGGGUGAACCUGGUCUCUGGCCACGUGAAGACGCAACUGAUUGCCCACGAUAAGGAGGUGUACGAUAUUGCUUUCAGCCGCGCUGGUGGUGGCCGGGACAUGUUUGCAUCAGUGGGGGCAGAUGGCUCCGUGCGCAUGUUCGACCUCCGUCACCUCGAGCACAGCACCAUCAUCUAUGAGGACCCCCAGCAUCACCCCCUGCUGCGCCUCUGUUGGAACAAGCAGGACCCCAACUACCUAGCCACCAUGGCCAUGGAUGGCAUGGAGGUGGUGAUCUUGGACGUGCGUGUGCCUUGUACGCCAGUCGCCAGGCUCAACAACCACCGGGCAUGUGUCAAUGGCAUCGCGUGGGCACCGCAUUCUUCCUGUCAUAUCUGCACAGCCGCGGAUGACCACCAGGCCCUUAUCUGGGACAUCCAGCAAAUGCCCCGGGCCAUCGAAGACCCCAUCCUAGCCUACACUGCUGAGGGCGAGAUCAACAAUGUCCAGUGGGCUUCCACUCAGCCCGACUGGAUCGCCAUCUGUUACAACAACUGUCUGGAGAUCCUGCGAGUCUAAUCUCCAGGCCUGACACUGGGGGGGGCUUCAUAGGGCUUGUGGUUCUGUAGCAGAGGGUGGGGAUUCUGAGCAUAUUAAUUUUUGUAUCUGUGUAUAUAUAGAGGCCUGAAUGCCCUUAGAUAUUUUGUUAUUGUUAUUUUGUAUGGCUGUUUAUGCAUUGAAGUUAAAGCUAUGUGUAGUUCCUGAACAACCACUCCUGAUGAGUGGCGUUAGGAAGCUGGAUUUCAGAUUCACCGCUACCCAUGAUGCUUUGCCAGCAGGUCUAUUUGACCUGUCCUGUGAUGAUUAUUUCAGAGGAACAGGGGAAGAUCUGUUGACCAGGCUCAUAUCGUCCCAAAGCUAUGAAGUGAGACUCUGUUAUAUGUGGUAUUAAUGUUUUGUGUGAUAUUUUUCUAUCCCUGGGGCAUGAACUACAGUAAACAGGAGAUAAAAGGAAACUUAAAUAUUUUGGGUGCUGAAUGCUUGUAAAUGAAGGGAUCACUGACAUUUCUGUUACCCUCAAUCCUGUUUUCAGGCUGUUAAGCUGUAAUUAAACAGUCUGACAUUCAAUCUCUCUCUGCACUCAAAAGGGUUAGGUGUUUCUACAUUACUGUUAACCGUUGUCUAAACAUUGGUUGUGAUUGGGAGGAGUUUGCAUCAACACUUGCGUGCAGUUCCACAGCUUGAACUGUUUUUUGAACAAUGUUUGCUUGAAACAGGGAUGUUGGUCUGAUCAGCCUGGAGACCAGAUUUUUUUUUUGUUUACUUGUAUAUCGUCCAAAAUGUCAAUGUUAUUGAAACAAGUUAAUAGUUUAGGGAGGUUGGUUCUUAACACGCGCGUAAAUAAGGUUUUGUGGAAAAGGUGUAGCAACAGCUUGAAUGGGGUCAUCUGUGGCCCCUGAGUGAUGGUCAUGCCAAGCUGGGAGUGUUUUGCUGUACCCCACCUGACUCACGACACGGUGACUUUCUUAGGCUUGUCACGGUCCAUUUGGCUUCCGCUGAAAUGGCCCCUGCGUCUUGCAUGGUGGACACAUCUACUUAUAGGCCAGGCUUUCUGGAAAGUGCCACCAAAGGAAUAUGAAAUGUCACAGUCUCAUUGGUCUGUGAAAUGGAUGGGGCAGAACCAGACAUCACAUUCCUUCCUGGUUCUGUGAUAAAAGCUUAUGUUUUCUAGCAUGUUUGUAUUAGGGGAAAAGUAGCAUAUAAUUCUGUUCCUCAUUAACUGAAGUCUUAAUAGGGCUUGUUCCCAAGGGUAUCUAGUCCUUUUCCAUAAUACCUUUCAUUAUGACAGUGCGAUCGGUUUUAGGGGUGACCACAAGUCACACUUAAUGUGAAGCAUUUCUCUACUAGGCAAGACAGCAGUUUGGAUAAAUCUCCCUACAUGUGGAGGUAACAAUAUCCUUUAAUGUUACACAUUAACAGUCUUGGUAUGAUAAGCAGAAUUGCCUGUGUUGAUUGAGAUUAACAGUGUAUUGGGUGUGUCAAUGUGAGGAGGUGCCCUUGCUGAGCCUUCAAGGAUUUCACUAGACUACACGCCUGCCGCGUAGGGACACUGUCACGCCGGGAUGUGUCUCUGGGGCCUGCUGCCUGUGGUGACCUCUCGCCCCUAUCUCAUAUCGGACUUUUAUUUUGUGUGCAGCUGGGUGUGAAUGAUGUGCAGUGGAUGCUAAUUUACAGCUUGUCUUUUCUUAAAUAAACUGUUUUCCUCUGUA